GUAGGGUCAAAGUGUACGUAAGAUUUUUAUAGGAACCAAAUCUAGAAGGAAACUGCUACGUUUCGCCGAAUAUGAGCUAGACUAACUGUUCACAUUUAUCCUUUUGCAAUUAAUUAAUACUAUUGUGGUGAUCACUGUUUGGAGUUGAACCAGCGCCACAUCAAUAUUCCAUCAACAUGACUUAUGUGGCAGAGAGACCAGGGCUAAGCCUGAAACAGACGCCCCUCCAGCAGAUUUGUUCUCUGAGUGUUGAUACUGAGGAUAGGGCUUAUCGCAUGACCAAUAUUGUCUGUACUAUAGGUCCAUCAUGUGACACUGUAGAUACCUUAAAACAACUUAUAGAGAAUGGGAUGAACAUUUGUAGAUUUAACAUGGCACAUGGGGACCAUGAUUACCAUUUAAAAGUACUCCACAACUUGAGAGAAGCCGUCACAGCGACCAAACACCAGGCCCACGCUAUUGUCGCCUCGGCCAUCGACAUAUCUGGACCAUGCAUUAGGAUUGGUAGCUUUAAAAAGGAUAUCAAACAGCCCAUCAAGCUGAAUGUAGGUCAGACCUUGACCUUCACCAGUGAUGAAGCCUACAAGGACUUGUCUGACCUUGACACUGUCUAUGUUCCCAAGAGCUUCAUAGAACUGGCCCAGCUCAAAGACAACAUUUACAUUGAAGAUGGACCACUGUGUUUUGAGGUGCAGGAAAAGGAUGGUGUAGCUGUGAAGUGUACAGUAGUGCAUGCUGGUGAGGUAGGAGACCUCAACCAAUGCCACAUCCCCAUGAAACUCCCAGUAGAGAACCCCCAGUUGACAGAGAAGGACAAGAGUGAUAUCCAGUUUGGUAUGCAGCAUAAUGUAGACAUAGUCCUGGUAUCUUGGGUAUGGUGCCCAGAGAUCAUCACAGCAGUUAGGGAACAACUAGGCGAGGCCAACACUAGGAUGAAAGUCAUCGCCAAGAUUGAAAACUACGAAGGUGUCAAAAGAAUUGAUGACAUUUUGGAAGUGGCAGAUGGCAUAUUAGUCGGCAGAGGAGAUCUAGGGAUUGAUAUUCCUCCAGAAAAGGUGUUCCUGGCCCAGAAAAUGAUCAUAUCUAGAGCAAAUAUUGCUGGCAAGCCAGUCAUCAUUGCCGCACAGAUGCUGGACAGUAUGGUGAGCAACGCACGUCCCACGAGGGCCGAGGCAAGUGACGUUGCUAACGCUAUCCUUGACGGCUGCGACUGCGUCAUGCUGUCUAAAGAGACAGCCGUGGGGAAGAACCCAGUAGCUGCCUGCAGGAUGUUGGAGCAGAUCUGCAUCCAGGUAGAAAAUGCUAUAUUUCACGCUAGAAUGUUCCGAGAGUUGCGCCAGGCCACGCCCAUACCAACUGACCGGGUCCACGCUACCUCUAUAGCGGCUGUUGAGGCGGCUCUUAGGUGCUCAGCAUCUGCCAUCAUUGUAGUCACCAACUCUGGAAGGUCAGCCACCAUAAUUGCUCGUUACCGUCCCCAUUGUAUAAUUAUAGCCAUCACUAAAUCCAACCACACGGCCAGGUGCCUCAAUCUACAUAGGGGAAUUUUUUCUGUUCUUCACACUGGUGCUAGCUGUGAUGAGUGGUAUAUGGACAUUGAUAUGAGGAUACAUUACGCCCUGUCUUUUGCCAGAGAGAGAAACUAUGUCAAGGCACACGAUAGAGCUAUACUAGUGACAGGCCAGCAGUCAGGUCCAGGGUCCACCAACACGGUCCGCAGCAUCACCAUCCCCCGGGAGAGCGACAAACCACACUACCUGAACACCCCCCACACCAGUAAACACCUCGGCCUCUCCGACGAGGAGGAGGGGAGCUGCAGCGAUGAGGAGGAAAACUCCGGCGGCGUCACAGUUACCUUUAAUUAAGACAAAUAUUUCCCAGUGUUUAAUACUCCGAUAUAAAUAGUGAAACUAGGCCACGUGUAUACAUACUUUGAUGUAAAGUUUCUGAGAUAUUUAUUGUUAAGUUAAUCGCCGCUUGUGUCCUAUCUGGAGUAUGCUUUACCUUAUACAGUUGUUGAAAUAAUUUUUUUUUAUACAUUUUCUUAUUGUACAUCUCAGUAAAAUCAAACUUGAUCUGAGUAUACUUUUUAUAAUAACAAAAUAUAAUUGUGAAUUAAUACUUUUGAUUGUAGAUACUGGAUCAGUAGAAUAUACAUUAAGUUAAAAUAAUUUAGAUUAUGAUUGUAAACACUGUUAAUUGAACAAACAUAAAAUCUCAUUUUUUUAAUGUGUAUUUGUAGUCAUUAUUAUUUAAAUGUAAAUUGGUAAUUCAAUUAUUUAAAUGUCAUUAAAAGUUGUAGUACUUAAAUUCGACUAAGUACUAAUAAUGAUCUUUCAAAAUUUAACUACAAAUUUUUAAUAAGUAAUAGUUUUUGCUAGUUAAGUAGAACCCUUUUGAAAUAGACAUCGUUUUGGCACAAAUUUUGCUCACACAUUCCGUUUUAUUUUUAGCUUGAUAGACUCAUGGAGUUAUCUGUAGAAGAUAAAUGGCCAGUUACAUUCUUGAUUAACAGCUGAGUCUGAUGUUGCUGUAGUUGUUCUUAACAAAUUUGUUUGAUGGUGUGACAGGCGUAACAAGGCUAGACAGACACACUUGUGUAUGUG